GAACGUCAGGAGUUUGUCAGGAGCUCUCUCACUAUGGCUGGAACAAAGAGACUUCUGAUGCUGGAAAACUUCAUAAAUGGGAAAUUUUUACCUUGCGACUCGUAUUUAGACUCUUAUGACCCAUCUACAGGGGAAGUGUAUUGCAGAGUGCCAAACAGUGGAGAAGAAGAGGUAGAGGCUGCGGUGGAGGCCGCCAGAGCCGCCUUCCCCGGCUGGGCGUCCCGCAGCCCGCAGGAGCGCUCGCAGGUGCUGCACCGGCUGGCCGACCUGCUGGAAGAGUCCCUGGAGGAGCUGGCUCAGGCCGAGUCCAAGGACCAAGGGAAAACCAUAACAAUGGCAAGAACCAUAGACAUUCCACGGUCUGUAUACAACUUCCGGUUCUUUGCCUCCUCCAUCCUCCACCACACGACAGAGUGCACCCAGAUGGACCACUUGGGCUGCCUGCACUAUACUGUGCGGACCCCCGUGGGGAUCGCCGGCCUGAUCAGUCCCUGGAAUUUGCCGCUCUACCUGCUGACCUGGAAGAUCGCUCCUGCCAUCGCUGCUGGCAAUACGGUGAUAGCCAAGCCCAGCGAACUGACUUCAGUGACCGCGUGGAUGAUGUGCAAAUUCCUGGAGAAAGCAGGUGUGCCACCAGGUGUGGUAAAUAUUGUGUUCGGCACAGGGCCCAGGGUAGGCGAGGCCCUGGUGUCCCACCCAGAGGUGGCCCUCAUCUCCUUCACUGGAAGCCAGCCCACGGCGGAACGGAUCACACAGCUGAGCGCUCCCCACUGUAAGAAGCUCUCUCUGGAGCUGGGGGGCAAGAACCCUGCCAUCAUCUUUGAGGAUGCCAACCUGGAGGAGUGUAUCCCCACCACCGUCAGGUCCAGCUUUGCCAACCAGGGUGAAAUCUGCCUCUGCACCAGCAGGAUCUUUGUCCAGAAGAGCAUCUAUAGUGAAUUUUUAAAGAGGUUUGUAGCAGCUACCAGGACGUGGAAAGUUGGCAUUCCCUCGGACCCGUCGGCCAGCAUGGGCGCUCUGAUAAGUAAAGCACAUUUGGAGAAGGUCAGAAGUUACAUCAAGAGAGCUCGUGCCGAAGGGGCCCGUGUUGUGUGCGGUGAGGGAGUGGAUACUUUGAGCCUCCCCCCGGGGAAUCAGGGAGGCUAUUUCAUGCUUCCCACUGUGAUAACAGACAUUAAGGAUGAGUCAUGCUGCAUGAAGGAAGAGAUAUUUGGUCCAGUGACGUGUGUUGUCCCGUUUGAGAAUGAAGAGGAAGUGAUUAAAAGAGCCAACAGUGUUAAAUAUGGGCUGGCUGCGACGGUGUGGUCCAGCAAUGUGGGGCGUGUCCAUCGGGUGGCUAAGAAGUUGGAAUCAGGCUUGGUGUGGACCAACUGCUGGCUCAUCAGAGAGCUUAACCUUCCUUUCGGGGGGAUGAAGAGUUCUGGCAUAGGUAGGGAGGGAGCCAAGGACUCUUAUGAAUUCUUUACUGAAAUCAAAACCAUCACCAUUAAGCACUGACCGUGGCCACUGGAGAAUUUGUUGUGGCUACAACAGUUAGUGGUCCAGUCUGGCAAAUGGAAAUACUGGCAUCAGAUUGAGCCGGGUCUUGCCUCAGCAGGAUGUUCUCUCUAGCUUAUCCCCAGUAGUUAGUGUUUUUACCUGCAAGUGAAGAGAUGCUGUCUAUUCUUAAGGUGAAGGCAAAGAAAAGGCGACCUCUGCAUAGGAAGACACAAAAAGGAAGCCAAACGAUUGUCAGGCUCUUCCUGUGCUGUGUUUUCAUGUGAUUUAAAAAAAUCAUUUUGAUCAGCUUCUUGGAAAUUCACAGAUAAUCAGAUUUUUUUUUGUUUGCACAUGGAUGGUUUAAAAAACAUCUGCAAAGUCAAAGAGAGACCAAUCACCAUAGUUUCCGACCUUUGGGGAGAUUGUCAACAGGAUCCCUGUCCCGUAGCCAGCAGCAUGGCUAAUUGUGAAUUGACUGUGCUUCAUUAUGCAAGGAGACCAUGAAUGUCAAUGAUAAAUGCAGCAUGGAAUUUGGUAGAGAAGGCAUAUAUGGUAGCUCCCAAUAAAGGUAUCUGUGGAGGACAGCGAAGGCUGCCGUCAAAAGCCAGGUUAAGUGCCUGGUAAGGCCACACUUGACCGUUUGCAUCUGCAAGGCAGAGCAAGCUGGCAGCUGAUGGCAGCCAGAACCCGGGGGCAGGGGGUGGAUUGAGAAGGAAAUAGUUAACUGCAAGUUUCAGCUGCAUACCACUGCAACCUUGGCAGAAGAAAGCUCUAUCAUGUAGAUAACCUGGGAAUGGAACAAUCCAUGCCCGCAGUGCUCCAUUAAGUCUGUAAAACUCCCUUGAACUUUGAGCUUUGUCUAACCAGCCUUCAAAAAAUAAAUGUGGAGACUGUGUUCAGGGUCAUUGUCUCUCCAUCCGAGGACAACGCCCCACCUGGUGUCCG